GAAUGCAGCAUAACUAUCACGCUGACAGUGUUAUUUCUGAUGUGAGAAGCGUCACGUCAGUCAUUAAAGUCGCUUUUUUAUUAUUAAGUUCCCCCCCAUUAUUUUGUGUUAUUUGCGUAUGAAAAUGAAAACGCCAGGAGGGACUUUUGUAAACGUCGAGGUGACUGUUCCAGCCAUCUCUGGCGCUGCAAACAACUCUGAUUAACAGGCCUGAAGCCAUGCCUCGGUCCACAGUGUGGCUGUGAGUCCGUGCACACGUGACUUUGGCUGGGUUACUUGUCGGCAAAGCUGCCGCUUUAGCGGACUUCCUCCGGAUCCGUAAAAGACCUGGGUUGGAGACAUGCAUGGUUCAUCGAGACAAGACUUUGUAUCUAUAAGCUUUGACGGGCAAGGAAGCAGCAGUUACAACAACAGCAAGCAGUGGAGGAGGCAAUCUUGUUGGAGGAAAUGGAAGCAGUUGUCCAGGUUGCAGCGUUGCCUGUUGCUCUUCAUUGUAGUCCUCCUAGUGAUUUGUGGACUUGCAUCCUAUCCUUCUCUUACCAAACACCUCAAAGGCCUUACGAGUGGAGACCAGGAGACAGAAGGAGGAAGUACCAGUAUCCAGAGGCCUGUGGUUCCUCAUUUGCUACCUGAGCCUAUUAAACAGAUUCAACCAGCGCUGACAGAAACACUUUCCCAGAGGCGAUUACCUAAUAAGAGAGGACCACCUGUCCUGCAGAAUCGCCUUCAGAAGAGAGGAAAUGCUUCAGAUACGCUGAUGGACGAUGUGGCUGACGGCAAAAAAGAAGACAGAGAUGAGGGCGCCAUCAGGUGGCGUGGGACAGUAAUAGACGCAAACCGAGCUGUAGAGGAUGUCAAAGAUGGGGAAAAUAAGGAUUCACCUACUAAUCAACGAGCCAAAUUACCCAAAGACGCAGACACUAGCCGGCUGGAAGCCGUGCGUGAUGCUUUCAGACAUGCGUGGAAGGGCUAUAAAGACUUUGCUUGGGGUCAUGAUGAGCUAAGGCCCAUCUCCAAGUCCUACAGUGAGUGGUUUGGCCUUGGUUUGACCCUGAUUGAUGCCCUGGAUACCAUGUGGAUUCUUGGGCUGAAAGCAGAAUUUGAAGAAGCAAAGGCGUGGGUCGCCACAGAACUCAGCUUCAACAAGAAUGUUGACGUCAACUUGUUUGAAAGCACCAUCCGCAUCUUGGGAGGCCUGCUCAGUACCUACCACCUGACUGGAGACGGUCUGUUCCUGGAAAAGGCUAAGGAUAUUGGCUCCAGACUGAUGCCAGCCUUCAACACUCCGUCUAAGAUCCCGUACUCUGACGUGAACAUUGGGAAAGGUACAGCUCACCCCCCUCACUGGACCUCCGACAGCACUGUGGCCGAGGUUACAAGCAUCCAGCUGGAGUUCAGAGAGCUCAGCCGCCUCACCCAGGAUCCACAGUAUCAGGCUGCUGUGGCUGAGAUCAUGAGACAGGUUCACAUGGUGGGGGGGAAGCAGGAUGGGCUGGUGCCCAUGUUUAUCAACACUAACAGCGGCCAGUUCACCCACCAGGGCGUCUACACCCUGGGCGCUCGGGCCGACAGCUACUAUGAAUACCUGCUGAAACAGUGGAUCCAGGGAGGCAAGAAAGAGAACCAGUUCCUGGAGGACUAUCUGCAGGCAGUAGAGGGCGUGAAAAAGAACCUUUUGCAGAAGUCGUCACCUAACGGGCUGACUUUUGUCGGGGAGCUGUCACAUGGACACUUCAGCCCUAAAAUGGACCAUCUCGUGUGUUUCCUGCCAGGGACUCUGGCCCUUGGUGCUCAUAGUGGCCUACCUGUGGACCACAUGGUUUUGGCCAAACAGCUCAUGGAGACGUGUUACCAGAUGUAUGUCCAGAUGGAGACAGGCCUUAGUCCAGAGAUCGUCCACUUCAACAUGCACCAUGGCAGCACCCAGGAUAUAGACGUAAAGCUUGCAGACAGGCACAACCUCCUCCGACCAGAGACUGUGGAGAGCCUCUUCUACCUGUACAGGUUUACCAAGGACCAGAAGUACCGUGACUGGGGCUGGGAGAUUCUCCAGAACUUUAACAAGUACACCAAGGUUUCCACGGGAGGAUACACAUCCAUCAACAAUGUGCGUGAUCCCGACUACCCAAGCCCCAGAGACAAGAUGGAGAGUUUUUUCCUGGGGGAGACCCUGAAAUACUUGUUCCUGCUUUUCUCUGAUGACCCCGACCUCAUCAGCCUUGACCAGUAUGUGUUCAACACUGAAGCUCAUCCUCUGCCAAUAUGGCCCGCCUCUUAAGUGACACGUGCACGUGCACAUGCAACCGCAGCAAGCGUCUCAGGGUUUGCCGACCAUCUUCGUACAUGAUAAUUCCUUCUUACUCUCAACAACAAAAAUCCCUCAAUGGAACAAGCCGCUCAAAACAUGAUGAUUCAUGCUGUGAUUGUUGUGAAGCCUCGAUGAUUUAAGACUGGACCAGUUUUGUGGACUGAAGAAACAACCGAAUGUCUGCCCUGAUAAUACAAACCUGACUGUGACUUGAAUCUAAGCCAUCUUAUUCAUGUGAAUGAUGACACAAGUGAGGUUUUUCCAAGAAACGUUUUUUUUGUUUUUGUUUUUAAGUUGAUAGUGAUAUUUUUAUAAAGCAGCAAGUAGCUGAAAUAAAUAUUGCCCAGUCGGUGAAAAAAA